AUAUUUUGCAUUUUUUAGAUUAAUUUUGCAGUUGGAAAUAGUUAUAUAUAUGUUAAGAAAGCACCAUGGCUUAUCAUGUUGAAUCAUCCGUUUCACCAGAGUUAUUGAAAUCAGUUGUUGCAUGCAAGGUAUUCAAGAAGGAUGUGAAAAUUUCAAAAAUAUCUGAUGGUGCUGUGUUUAAUUUCACUCUUGCAUCAGGAACAAAACUCUUUUCUGCGAAUGCGGUUGUUAAAUAUCUUUACGACACCAAUCAUUCUGGAUAUAAACACCAAUUUUCUACUUUACGAUGGUUAGAAUGGGAACAUAACUGCCUUAGAAAUCUAAUUGCUGCUGCUUGUGUUAAUGAAUCAAAUGCGGACUCUCAAAAUAUUUUGCAAACUGCUUUAACAACACUUGAGUCGGCAUGGAAAUCAGAUGGAUUGCAAAAGGAUCCUGUUCUCCAAUGUGUGUUUGCUUGUACAUUGUAUCCAGUAUUCUAUCAAUCAUCAGCUAUAUCAGCGAAGUUAUCUAAAAAUUACCCAUCUCUCUUCUCAUUUAUUCUUGAGCACGUGAAGUCAUCAUUUUUUAUUGCUGCAUUAAAUGAAAUAUGUCAGAAUGAUCAAUAUGUCGACAACUUCAAGUCUUAUUUCUCUGCUGUGUUUAAAUCAUCUCAAAAAGUAACUCAAUCAUAUCAUUCAUCUGAAAUGAAUUCUCAUGGAAACAAUUCAGCCGGCGAAAUAAACAAGGAGGUGGAAAAAAUUUCUCAAAACGAAGUAGAUGAAGCAAAAUUAGCAUGGAAUAAAGGAACAAAAGGAAUCAAACACCAUGAACGGCAACAUCCUAUAUUGCCUCAACCUGGAAAGAGGAACAUACUCAUUACAAGUGCCCUGCCAUAUGUAAAUAACAUUCCUCACUUGGGAAAUAUAAUUGGAUGUGUCUUGAGUGCUGAUGUGUUUUCCCGAUACUGUCGUCUGAGACAUUGGAAUUCUUUGUACAUUUGUGGAACGGAUGAGUAUGGAACAGCUACUGAAACAAAGGCUGCACAGGAAGGAGUGACCCCUCAGCAGAUUUGUGACAAAUACAAUAAACUGCAUUGUGAGGUUUAUGAUUGGUUUAACAUCGAUUUUGAUUAUUUUGGAAGGACAACAACAAAAAAACAGACUGUUAUUGCGCAAGACAUAUUUUGGCACCUUCAUAGAAAUGGAUAUCUUCAACCACAGAUUGUUGAACAAUUAUAUUGUGCUCAGUGCAAUCGCUUCUUAGCUGACAGGUUCGUGGAGGGAACAUGUCCACUCUGUACAUAUGAGGAUGCUCGUGGUGAUCAAUGUGAUAAGUGUGGUAAACUAAUCAAUGCUGUUGAAUUGAAGAAUCCAAAAUGCAAAAUGUGUAGUGCUUCACCUGAAGUUCGAUCCUCUCAACAUCUUUUCGUGGAUUUGCCAAAGCUUGAACCUAAACUUCGUGAACAUCUCAAGAAGUCAUUUGAAAAUGUGGGUUGGACAGCAAAUGCAAAAAUGAUAACAGAAUCUUGGUUGAGAGAUGGUCUCAAGCCAAGAUGCAUAACUAGAGAUCUGAAAUGGGGAACACCUGUUCCACUAGAAGGAUAUACCGACAAGGUUUUCUAUGUUUGGUUUGAUGCACCUAUUGGUUAUAUUUCAAUAACCGCGAAUUAUACAAAAGACUGGGAGAAAUGGUGGAAAAAUCCUGAGAAUGUUGAACUUUACAACUUCAUGGCAAAGGAUAAUGUGCCGUUUCAUUCUGUUAUAUUUCCAUCUUGUCUAAUGGGUACGAGUGACAAAUACACACUCGUUUCAAAUCUAAAUGCCACAGAGUAUUUGAAUUAUGAAGAUGGAAAAUUUUCAAAAAGCAGGGGUGUUGGAGUUUUCGGAAAUCAUGCGAAAGAUACUGGAAUUGAUGCUGAUAUUUGGAGAUUUUAUCUGUUAUAUGUCAGACCAGAAAGUCAAGACACAGUUUUUAGUUGGAAUGACUUCAUGUUGAAAAAUAACUCAGAAUUAUUGAAUAAUCUAGGAAACUUUAUAAACAGAUCCUUGAAAUUUACUACCGGAGCAUUCAACGGAAUAUUACCAAAAGUAGUGUUGAAUGACAGAGAUUAUGAGUUGAUGGCCGAAGUGAAUCGAGAAAUUGAUGAAUAUAUUGCGGACAUGGAUAGAAUAAGAUUGCGUGAAAAUUUGCGGAAGAUAUUAAAUAUAUCGAGACUUGGAAACCAAUAUUUUCAAGAAAAUCAGCCAUGGAAGCUUGUUAAAGGAAAUGAAACAGACAAGGAACGAGCUGGUACUGUGACUUCUGUAGGUGUCAACUUAUCAUGUCUACUUUCAAUUCUACUUGAACCAUAUAUGCCUGCUACAUCUCGCAUUAUUUGGGAACAAAUGAAUGCACCAGCGUAUUUCACAACAACCUUUCCUCAAAGAUUUGUCCAGUUUUUACCAGAAGGACAUAAAUUAAACAAGCCUUCGCCAUUGUUCCGAAAAUUGGAUGAAGCUGAAAUGGACAGUUUGAAAAAACGUUUUUGUGGUGAAGGAACAGGGCAGCAGAAUAAAGAAAAAUUACCAACCCAAAAUAAUUCAGUAAAAACUGACGUUAACGUGUCUGAACUAGAAAAGAAAGUCACAGAGCAGGGUAAUAGUGUUCGUGAGAUGAAGUCCAAAAAACUUGAGAAGGCUGUCAUUGAUAAAGCUGUUCAAGAUCUUUUGGGACUGAAGAGGCAACUUGCUCUAGUCAAAGGAGAAGAUCCAAAUGCUGGAAAGAUAGGAGGAAAGAAAAAUAAGAAGAAAAAAUAGGAGUCCAUUGAAUGGAGUUGUGUAUCAGCAAUAGCAUGAUUACCUGACAAGGAUCACAACCAUGAAGCAUGUUCCUGAUGUUUUUAAACAAGAAAAUUUAUGAUUGGUGAAUUUAUUGUGUUCGACUUGAUAGUAUAUAGACUUGUUAGUGCAAUGUGAUACAGUGAUUUAUGGCAUGGUGUGUUGUGGGGUUAAAGGAAACCAGGUGGUGACUGGGCUUAACAAAGAUAUUCAGCUUUCCAAAUGUUUAUGCAGAAUACAUGAGGUUCUUGAGCUUUCUGGUCGGAAAUGAAAUAUUUUUAAA